AUGACGACGUUAAAAACUUCGUCCUUCUCCAGUCUUCCCUGGGAUUUAGUAGAGGAUAUACUCGCUAGGGUUCCGGCUACGUCUCUAAAACGAUUACGAUCUACUUGCAAACAAUGGAACUUUUUAUUCAAUGAUCAGAUAUUCACCAAGAUGCACUUUGAUAAAGCAGAAAAGCAGUUUCUGGUUCUCAUAUUGCGGUUGUAUACGGUUUGUUCAAUGAGCCUUGAUCUGCGUGGACUUCACGAUAAUAUUGAUCCAUCUAUAGAGGUUAAAGGUGAACUUAGCCUAAUUGAUCCACAUUGUAGUUCAAGGAAAACUUUCGUAAGUAAAGUCUUUCACUGCAACGGCUUAUUGUUAUGCACAACCAUGACCGGACUUGUGGUUUGGAAUCCGUGUACGGAUCAAACCAGGUGGAUCAAAACCGAAGUUCCUCACAAUAGAAACGAUAAGUACGCUCUCGGAUACGGAAACUACAAAUCAUGCUAUAAUUACAAAAUCAUGAAGUUCUUGGAUCUUGAAUCUUUUGAUUUGGAAAUCUACGAGGUUAACUCUAAUUCAUGGAGGGUUCUUGGUACCGUCACUCCAGACUUCACAAUACCACUAGAUGCCGAAGGUGUGUCUUUAAGGGGGAAUUCUUACUGGAUCGCUUCACAUAAAAGAGAAGAAAUAGAGGAAGAAGAAGAAGAAGAAAAUGAGUACUUCAUCAACGAUUUCUUAAUAAGUUUUGACUUUACUACAGAAAGAUUUGGUCCACGUGUGUCUCUUCCGUUUAAGUGUGAAUCUUCUUGGGAUACUAUCUCCUUAUCUUGUGUACGAGAAGAGCGGCUUUCACUGUUUUUUCAGGACGACGGUACAUUAAAGAUGGAGAUAUGGAUGACAAAUAAUAUCACUGAGACCAAAACCACAACUAUGUCUUGGAGCCCUUUUCUUAAGAUUGAUUUGUACACUUACGGUCAUCGGUUUGGGAAUGAAGUAAGUUUUUUAGUUGACGAGGAGAAUAAAGUGAUUGUGUGUUGUGAUGAGGAGGAAGAUGACAUCAACGAUACUGUAUACAUUAUUGGAGAGAAUGAAUAUUGGAGAAAAGAGGAUAUUGUACAAAGAUCAUAUCGGCCACGUAUGUUCAGUUAUGUUCCUAGUUUGGUUCAAAUCUAG